AUGUUCGGCAACCUGAACCCGGCGUUUAGGGAACAUCAGAUGGCUCCUAUUGCGAAGUUAAUCGAUUUCGGCAACACGUACAGGAUUGACGAAGCCGUGGAGGGAAACGCCCCACAGGCAAACCUGUUCAGAGCUGCAAGGGCGGUGUACCUGGUCGCGGUUCGACGAAAACUACCCAACGUGAACGAUACCCCGGGGAUGACCCAGCUCGCGCUGAGGGUCGACAAUGGACUGCGGGAUCUUCUUCGCAGAUCAUUGGCAACGAACAUUGCAGACCGGCCGACGCUUGCUCAGAUGUUGCAAGCUGCAACGGAUGCCGUGAACAAGUCGUACGCGCUCGUUCUUAGGGGAAGGGAGACGGAUGCAAGCGUACAAAGAUUCGUGAGCGAGGUGAUACUCAAUGCGGACACUUAG